AUGGCGGAUCCUUUGUCCGAUACCGAAGUCGAAAGUGUCGCUUCCAUGUCCGUGGACCGAUCUCACCCGGAGGUCGUCGAGAAGCCCAAGAAUGACAACGACUGGCCCAUGAAAGGUGAUGUCGAGGAUUUCCACCGCCGCAAUAUUGGAUCCAACCUCAAGGAGCGCCGGCUGGGUGUGACAUGGAGCAAUUUGACCGUCAAAGCAAACAGUCCCGAGGCGGCGGUUAAGGAGAAUUUUUUCACCCAGUUCAACCUCGUCCAACGAGUCCGAGAUUUUCGAACCAAGCCGCCGCUAAAGACGAUCUUGAAUAACAGCCAUGGCUGUGUCAAACCCGGGGAGAUGCUGCUGGUGCUAGGGCGUCCGGGGUCGGGGUGCACGACGCUGUUGAAGAUUCUCGCUAACCGGCGCAGGGGAUACCAUUCUAUUGAUGGAGAUGUCUGCUAUGGCUCCAUGACCCACAAAGAAGCAGAGCCAUAUCGCAGCCAGAUCGUGAUGAACACCGAGGAUGAACUCUUCUUUCCCACUCUGACCGUCGACCAGACGAUGAAGUUCGUCUCUCGACUCAAGGUCCCUCACAAUCGACCGGAUGGGAUGAACCCGCAGGAAUAUGAGGAGUACAUACGAACAUUUUUGAUGAAGUCCAUGAGCAUCUCGCAUACUUCUGAUACCAAGCGCGAGCAUCCGUCUACUGCUGGGACAACAGCACUCGAGGGUCUGGAUGCUAGUACUGCCUUGGACUGGACCAAGGCUCUUCGAACCAUGACCGAUAUCCUGGGCGUCACAACCAUCGUCACCCUCUAUCAACCCGGAAAUGGAAUUUACGAACUCUUCAACAAGGUCUUGGUUCUAGAUGAGGGGAAGCAGCUCUUUUAUGGUCCCACGCGGGAGGCACGUCCGUUCAUGGAAGAACUGGGCUUCAUAUGCCGGGACGGAGCCAACGUUGCUGAUUUUCUCACGGGAGUGACCGUCCCAACCGAGCGAGAAAUCCGGCCGGGAUACGAAUCAACCUUCCCUCGCACCGGCAAUGAAAUCCUGGCCCAUUACCAACAAGCCGAAGUCCGGGAAAGAAUGGCACUGGAAAAUGAUUUCCCCUCCAGCAAGGACGCCGUUCAGAAUACCGCCUUCUUCCAGGAAUCCGUGACGUUGGAAAAGGACCAAGGGUUGUCCCGCAGCCCACUGACGGUGGCGUUCCAUAAGCAGGUGCUGGCGUGUGUGGUUCGACAAUACCAGAUCAUCUGGGGAGACAAGCCCACCCUCUUCAUCAAGCAAGGGUCAAACGUGAUCCAGGCAUUGCUUGCCGGAUCCCUCUUCUACAACGCCCCCGCCACGUCUGCCGGCCUGUUCACUAAGGGAGGAGGCUUGUUUUUCUCCAUCCUGUAUAACUGUCUGAUGGCCAUGUCGGAGGUGACGGAUUCUUUCACCGGCCGUCCCGUGCUCAUCAAGCAUAAGUCCUUUGCCUACUACCACCCGGCCGCGUUCUGCAUUGCGCAAAUCGCCGCGGAUAUCCCGAUUAUUCUGUUCAGCAUCACGAUUUUUGGCAUCGUAAUGUAUUUUAUGGUGGGGCUGACUGUCUCGGCCUCGGCGUUCUUCACCUACUGGGCCAGUCUGUUUAUCAUUACCAUGUGUAUCACGGCUAUGUUCCGAGCGUGUGGCGCCACCUUCAACACUCUUGAUGGCGCAUCCAAGAUCUCUGGUCUUUUGAUUUCCGCCACCGUGCUGUACACCGGUUAUAUGAUCCAGUACCCCAAAAUGCACGGCUGGUUUAUUUGGCUUUUCUGGAUCGACCCCAUUGCAUACUCCUUUGAGUCUCUAAUGGGGAAUGAGUUUCAUGACAAGACCAUCGACUGCGUGGGUUCCAAUUUGAUCCCCAACGGACCCGGCUACAACGACACCAACCACCAGUCCUGCGCAGGCAUCUCAGGCGCUAUCCCGGGCGAGGUCAGCCUGACGGGAGACGAGUACCUAAAGGCCCUAAGCUACAGCCACGGCCACGUCUGGCGCAAUUUCGGGGUGGUCUGGUGCUGGUGGCUCUUAUUUGUCCUCAUCACCGUGGUGGCAACCAACCUGUGGCGGGACAUGGCAGAAGCGGCAACCUUGCUGAUUCCACGGGAACGAUUGCAGGCACGCAAACAACGGGUUCUGGAUGUGGAAGGGCAGUCGCAGCCAGUGGGGACAACCCAUGAAGGGGGCGGCAAUGCAAACAUUGACGGACAGUUGAUUCGGAACACCUCGGUUUUUACCUGGAAAAACCUCACCUAUACCGUCCCAACCCCCUCGGGAGACCGGAUCUUGCUGGAUAAUGUGCAUGGAUAUAUCAAGCCGGGUAUGCUGGGCGCCUUGAUGGGGUCGUCAGGCGCGGGCAAAACAACCUUGCUUGACGUUCUGGCACAACGCAAGACCGACGGCACCAUCCAUGGGUCGAUCAUGGUUGAUGGAAGGCCGCUGCCCCUGUCCUUCCAAAGAAGUGCUGGGUAUUGCGAGCAACUCGAUGUCCAUGAACCUUUUGCGACGAAUUCUCUGCCCUGCUUCGCCAACCGGGCGAUGUACCUGAGAGAAGAAAAGCUUGCCUAUGUGAACACCAUUAUCCAACUCCUGGAACUGGAAGAUAUUGCCGACACUCUGAUAGGAAAGAUUGGUGCAGGUCUCUCGAUUGAGCAGCGGAAGCGUGUGACAAUUGGUGUUGAAUUAGUGGCGAAACCAAGCAUCCUGAUUUUCCUCGACGAGCCCACAUCUGGACUGGACGGUCAAUCAGCCUACAACACCGUGCGCUUCCUUCGAAAACUGGCCGAUGUUGGGCAAGCCAUUCUAGUCACGAUCCACCAGCCUUCCGCGCAGCUUUUUGCCCAAUUUGACACCCUUCUCUUACUAGCUCGGGGUGGGAAAACCGUGUACUUUGGUGACAUAGGGGACCAUGCAACCACCUUGAAGGGAUACUUUGCCCGCCAGGGGCUGGUCUGUCCCCCCGAGACUAAUCCCGCCGAGUUCAUGAUCGAUGUUACCUCGGGCCACCUUUCCCAAGGGAGAGACUGGCAUCAGAUCUGGUUGGAAGCCCCCGAAUGUGGUCUUCGCGCCUCAGAGCUUGAACAGAUCAUCGCGGAUGCUGCCGCAAAACCUUCUGCAAUUGAAAAUGACAAUGGCUCGGAAUUUGCUACUUCGCUUUGGGAACAAACCAAGAUUGUCACCCAUCGGAUGAAUGUUGCGCUCUUCCGGAAUACAGAUUAUGUGAAUAACAAAAUCUUGCUGCAUAUCAUCCUGGCUCUCUUCAAUGGCUUCUCAUUUUGGAAGAUUGGGCCUACUGUUUCGGGUUUGCAACUACGUCUCUUCGCCAUCUUCAAUUAUGUCUUUGUUGCCCCUGGCGUCAUCAACCAACUCCAGCCGUUGUUUAUCGAUCGCCGUGAUAUCUACGAUGCCAGGGAAAAGAAAUCCCGCAUGUACUCCUGGAUAGCGUUUGUGACGGGCCUGAUUGUCUCUGAAAUACCCUACCUGGUCAUCUCUGCCGUCCUCUAUUUCCUCUGCUGGUACUACACCAUUGGCUUUCCCCGGGAUUCAAAUAAGGCAGGCGCCACUUUCUUCGUCAUGUUGAUAUAUGAAUUUGUUUACACGGGGAUUGGGCAAUUCAUUGCCGCCUAUGCCCCGACUGCUGUCUUUGCAUCUCUCGCAAACCCCUUGAUCAUCGGGUCCUUGCUUCUAUUCUGUGGUACUUUUGUUCCCUACUCCGGGAUCCAGGCUUUUUGGCGGUACUGGAUGUAUUACCUCAACCCGUUCAAUUAUCUCAUUGGCAGUUUGUUGGUGUUCACCAACUUUGAUUCCAAAGUGGAAUGUGCUGAAAGCGAAUUCGCGGUGUUCGACCCUCCCUCUCGGCCAGACAUGUCAGGAUUAUUUGGCAAACUAUAUGCAAAAUGA